AACUAUAUAAGCAGGCAGUUUUGGAGCUUAUUUGCUAAUGACAUGCUAUGGCUAUGGAGGCAGAGGCAAACACGGAUGGUGUGUCCAUCCAACAUUUGCCUGAGCUAGGCGGGGCUGCUGCCGUGGCCAAGACCAGCUUCAAGGCAGGGCAGCAGGUGUUCAGAGAAAGGGCGCUGGUGAUCGCGCCAAGUCCAACCAACUUGGCUCGUGUACGAGCCUACUGCCAACUGGAUGACACUCCGCGGCGCAUUCUUCGUGAAACCUUUUUCAGUGAGGCUCCAGCUGUUCGUUGCGCUGCUACCGCAGCGUGUGAAGCAGUGGAGGCGACAGGCGAUACAGCAACAGAGGUCUUAGCCCUACUGGAAGGGGAAGGAUGGCAGCUGGAGCUUCCAGAAGUCGAGGCUGUGAUCCGGGUGUGGAAUCUGAACGCCUACGACAACGCACUUGCACCUGUGGCCUGCAAGGUCUCCCACUCCUGCGCUCCUAAUCUUUCAAUAAGAGUCGAUGUCUCCAAUGGUUUGAUCGAGGGAACUGCUUGCCGGAGCAUUGCUGAAGGAGAGCCUCUAGGCAGCUGGUACAUACAAGACACUGGUCUUUGGUGGAUGGGAGCAGAUGUGCGUCGCACCUUCUUGCUUCAAGACCGUGGCUUCCAGUGCUGCUGUUUGCGUUGCUGUCGCCCAGAUCGGUGUCGAGCCUUGCCUUGUGAUGCUUGUGGUGCCUUGGGUUCUGUUAUGCCUUCUGGUCAUGGGGCUGCUACAACCAUCGAGGCCAUGGGCUGUGCAACGUGGCAUUGCGAAGGUUGCGGCCGAGAAGCUCUGGGUGAUGCUUUGCGAAGCACAGCAGAAGUGCAGCUCACGCAGCGUUUGCUGUUAGAGCUCAAGCCAGCACGGGGAGUCCCCAAGGCUUCUGCCGAGGAGCUAGUUGCAUUGGCAGCGGAUGCACGUGGCAGACUAGGAGAUCACCACUGGACAGCGGCAGCCGCUGCGUUGAUUCUUCACUUCCGCUGCAGAGCUGAAGGUGGCCUGCUGACUCCGUUCACCGUUGCUUGUGGCGUCCGCUUUCUCGGCUGGCUCAUGGAUCGCAAACUGGCCCUGCCACCCGCUGGGAUUGUGCGCACUCCUAUUGCCAUGGCAAUCGACUGCAUCGGCUGGCUGAGUGUGGCCAAGGCACUUGGGGGCCCUCGAGCCCUACAGCAUCGACCUGAGGCAACGGAGGACUUACGUGCUCUGAGCGCGCGGUUGUGCGACUUCCUCCUCCCGAUUUUCCACGCGACAGGGGAGUCAGUGGCACAUGUUGCCCGAACUGGAGAGCGAGUGGCCAUUUUGAAGGAGUGGCUCGUGCAGUUGCAAAGCACCUGUGGAAGAUGUGGCAAAGCACAAGCCGUCGAGGCGAGUCCAGCGGCCUGUGGCAGGUGCAAGCAGGUUCGCUACUGCAGCCGUGAAUGUCAGCAAGUGGAUUGGAAGGACCGACACAAAGCAGGUUGCCUCCCGUCCGCCGAGUCGCUUUUUGGAGAUGUUGCCUUCAAACUCAUCGCUCGCAGCUAGGGCUUUGCGGCAA